AUGUCUGAAGAGCCUCAAAAAAUUAAUAGACCUCCUUUCCCUCCACGCUCACUCAAUUUCUCUGAAAUUGUUAAUGAAUCUUUAAAGAAGUAUAAAACUGGAAAGAGUUCAAAAACCCCAAACGCAUACCUCUUAUAUCGUAAGGAGUAUACAGCUACGUUUAAAAAUUCUAAUCUUGGGCACAUUUCGACGCUAUCGAGUGAAGCGUGGAAUUCCGAACCACAUGAAAUAAAACUGGCAUACAAACAAUACGCAGAACGAAUUAACGAGUUUGUGAGAAGAGAAAUACCGUACUGCUUUGUCGCCAACAAAGCAGAUCGAAGUUCAGAAAACUCGGACGAUGAUUCCGAAACCG